AUGUCUCUGUGCAAACCUGGGUUUAGCGCGCUUUUGUUUCCCUCGAUGAAGAUCUGGGUUUCUUCAAGAAAGCCAAAUGCGAAGGUUCAACUCACUGAUUUAGGCGUUGUUGCUAAGAAGGAAGGAGAAGUCGCGCCGUUGCUGAGGAGGAAGGAGAAGCCGAGUCGUCGCCGUCGAGGAAGAAGGUCACCCUGCCGCUGUUGUCUUUGCACCCAGAAGGAGGAAGAAGUUCGCGUCGAGGAAGGUUUGCUCCUCAACAUCGCAAUUGAUUAUUCCUCUGUGUAA